AUGGAUUAAUUUUAAUUAUUGAAAUUGUUAUAGGGAUCGAUCGAUUAAUUAGAUUGUGUUCGAAAUGAAUCACUCUAACUGUUGGAUUAAACCUUUAGAAAUUUAGAUGACAUGAAUCCAUUGUUUAAUUUAAUUAUUGAAAAGAAUCAACUAGCAGAAAUUUAUUUCAAUUAUUGGCUAAUACAACAUAAUGACUCCUUAGACUUAAAUUAAUAUUCAUACUUAAGAGCCAUCAUCACUUAAAUUUAUAGCGAUAAAAACAAUAAAGGUAUUUAAAUUCGAAAAGCACUGCGAUUUAUAUUGCUAAAAUAACAAUAAGAUCUCGAAUUGAUUCAAUGGAUUAUAAACCAAAAGGAUAUUGAAUUAUUAUAUUACUUACUUAAAGAGUUAUUUAAGGAGGAGGGAGACUCUCAAAGAGUGCAAUAUUUGUGUCAACAAAGCUAAUCUAUGAUUAGUGAUAAUGCUUUAGAAAUCUCAUUAAAAUUAGUAGUUUUAACAUAAAAAAUAAUUAAAAAUGCAGCAAUUCUUGAAUUUGAAAAGUAUUUAGGGGAAUUGGAGAAAUAAAUCUAUAAUAACAAUUUCAGGGUUGUAUAUUUAAUAUAAAAAAUAAUAUUAAGUAAAUUAACUUAUAACAAAGAUUUUUCAUUAGAAUCUUUAAGCUAAUUGCUAUUUGUAUUAAAUAAAAUAUAUUUUACAAAUUAACAUUUAAAGUAAAUAUAAUUAGAGUUUGUUUCAGAAUAAUAAUUUAAAAAUGAUAUUUAAAAUUUGAAAGAUCUUCCGAAUUAACAAAAUAAAUUAGUAUUACAGGUUUUAAAGAUUCUAAAGCUGUUACUAUAGAAUCAUACUUAUGAUCCUCUGUUGGCCUUAGAGUAGAUAAAUUAAAAUGGAUUAGAAUUUGAAUUAGUUCUAUUUGAAGGAUAUUUUAGUAAUAUCCUCAAGUUUUUGAUUCAAUAUGCUUUGAUUUUAAGUCCGGCCCAAGUUUACGACAUCUAUUAUGAUUAAGAAGAGGCUUAUGCUGAAAAUAAUAAUUCGUCAUAUGAAAUCAGAGAUACAGCCAUUGACUUUUUGAUUGCCUCUCUUCAAAGUCAUAAGGCUGAUGAUGUGAUCUAAAUAAUGAAUGAUCAAUUUCAAUAAACUCCAGAACUGAAGACAUUUUAGAAUGUGAUAUAGAAGGAAGCCAUAUAUUAUUUAAUUAGAAAUGUGAUGCUUGAUAUGCAAUUUGAUAUGGAUUAAUAUAUAGUCCAAUUUUAAUAGGAAUUAUAAUCAACUGAUGCUCUGUUUGAUCCUUUAAAGAUUUAGAUUUUAUAAAUAUUCAUUAAGUAUUUAAAAUAUAAUGAGUAAAUCCCAGAGGACAUUUCAUAAAUUAUUAUAAACUUGAUAUUGACAUUACAAACUACAAAUAAAUGCAUAAUUCUAUUGCAGAUUGAGUGUUUAAAUUAACUUAUAGAAAUAAUAGAUUAGCCUAGCAAGUUUUGGCCUAACAUACAAUAAUUGUACAGCAACUUUUAAAAUCAAGAGAGUAAAAUAUGUAUAUUCAAUUUCUAUUCAUAAUUAACAAAGAAGGAUUAAUUUUCAGAUCACUCUUGGAUCAUAAAGUAAUUUUAUUAGGAGUGGCAAGGAAAUAAUUUGAAUAUUUAAGAGAAAAUUAUUGAAACUCUGAUAGAGAUAAUCUUUAGAAGUGAUAAAUUGGCAUAACAUAUUGAGGUGUGUAUAUUUAUAAUCUAACAAAUAUUCAGUUCAAAAUAAUAAAUUUUAAUUGAGAUGGGAACUGAGCUAUUGUUGAUGUUCUUAAGUUAAUGUUAGGUAUAGAAUAUACAGAUUUCAAACGAGUUUGCCAUUUUGGUCUAAAAUAUAUUGAAAUCUUAGUUGGUAUCAUAAAGUGAAUUUUGGAUUUAGAGUGUUCUUAUUCAGACAUUCCUAUUAUAUCUGAAGAGUUAUGAUGAUUAAUUAAUGCGUGAGACAUUACUUAUGCAAGUUCAAUAAUAUUCUGAAAUCAAAGAUGAACCUUAUGAACACAUAUUCAUUCCAUUAAAUAUUUACAUUUAAUUAAAUCAGAAAUCUCAUAAAGAAUUUGGAUUGAUGAUCCUGAAUUAUAUGAUGAGUCAGUCUUUAACUCCAAUCUUAUUGAUCAAAUUAGGGAAUUUUGUGUCUUUGAUUAAUGAUAUAGUGUUGGAAGAUCAAAUUAAUUCUUAAAUAUUAUAAGCUCAUCUUCUAUAGAAGGAAUUUCAAUUGGUUUACUUCCAAAAUUUUCAUGUCUUAUUGUAAAGAUCCAAUUCUCACUUUACAUAGCAUUGCUAAUAAAUUUUAGAGGAGUAAUCAGCAAAGCAUUUGGAAUCUAAUAAACAUUAUAUAAUUAGUGAGUUGAGACCUUUGCUUGGAAAUCGUAGAUUGAGAUUAAAUUGA